AUGGCAGCCAAUGAAUGUAAUAUUCGAGUUGUUGCUCGUUUUCGUCCAUUAAACGAAUCUGAAAAACAAGCUGGCAAUGAAAGUGUUGUUAACUUUCCCACAGAUAAAGACGAUACUACUCUUAUUACUGGUAAUCCAUAUAUAUUCGAUAAGGUAUUUCGUUCUAAUGCUACACAAGAAAACGUUUAUAAUGAAACUGCUAAAGAAAUUGUUAAAGAUGUUCUUAAUGGCUAUAAUGGAACUAUAUUUGCUUAUGGUCAAACAUCAACUGGAAAAACUCAUACGAUGGAAGGUGUAAUGGGUAGCGAUGGUCAACAAGGUAUUAUCCCACGAAUUGCACAAGAUAUAUUUAAUCACAUAUAUACAUUGGAUACGAAUUUCCACUUUCAAAUAAAAAUUUCUUAUUUCGAAAUAUAUCUUGAUAAAAUUCGUGAUCUUCUUGACGUAUCAAAAACAAAUUUAGCUGUAGGUCGAGACAAAAAUUGUGCACCAUAUGUUAAAGGUGUUACUGAACGAUUCGUUUCAUCACCUGAUGAGAUCUUCAAAAUAAUGAAAGAAGGAAAAAAGAACCGACGUAUAGCUGUAACAAAUAUGAACGAACAUAGUUCACGUUCACAUUCAGUUUUUCUUAUACAUGUUAAACAAGAAAAUGUUCAAAAUGAAAAAAAAUUAACUGGAAAACUUUAUCUUGUUGAUUUAGCUGGAACUGAAAAUGUUUCAAGAACUGGUGCCGAAGGUCAAGUACUUGGUGAAGCAAAAUGCAUCAAUAAAUCUUUAUCUGCAUUAGGAAAUGUUAUUUUAGCAUUAGCUGAUGAAACUAAACCUUAUAUACCUUAUCGUAGUUCGAAAUUAACACAUAUUUUAAAAGAAUCUCUUGGGGGAAAUGCCCGUACAACUAUAAUUCUAUGUUGUUCACCAGCUAGUUACAAUGAUUCACAAACAAGAUCGACACUUGAAUUUGGCAAAAGAGCGAAAAAUAUCAAAAAUCAAGUUAUUGUUAAUGAAGAAUUAACAGCUGAAGAAUCGAAACGUCGUUGGGAAAAAGAAUGUGAAAAAGUAGCUCGAUUAAUAGGUCAAUUAAGCCGAUUAAAAGUGGAACUUGAACAAUGGAGACGAGGUGAAACAGUUACUAAAGAUGAACAAAUUAACUUACUCGAAAGUGACGAUACACUUUCAACAACUCAAUCAACAAUGUCUUUAUUGACUGUUGCUUCAUCUGCUCUUAGUCCAACAACAUCUGUUGUUGGUACUGUCGCAGCUGGUAAUCCAUUAGAUGGUCCUGAUCUUCGUUCCUCUGUUAAUGUUGAUGAAUGGGAAAAAGAACGAAGUACACUUUAUCAACAAUUAGAUGAAAAAAAUGAUGAAAUAAAUAAUUUAGCCCAAACUCUUGAAAGACUUGAAUCUCAAACAGUUGAACAUCAUAUAUUUAGUCAAGCUCGAAAAGAUAAUGAAAAUCUUCAAGUCAAAGUAAAUCGUCUUCAACAAGAAAGUGAAUCAGCAAAAGAAGAAGUUAAAGAAGUAUUACAAGCUCUUGAAAAACUUGCAGUUAAUUAUGAUCAAAAAACUCAAGAAGUUGAAACCAAAAGUAAAGAAAAUGAAAUACUUGUACAAGAACUCGAUACAAAAUUGACUUCAUUAAAUAGUAUUCGUAAAGAAUUAGAAGAGGAAAAACGUACUUCAAAACAAACACAAGAUUCAUUAAAUGAAAUAUUAGUUAAACUUCGAGCUCAAGAGUGCGUAACUGAUUCAACAUCUGAUGUUCAAAAAGUAUUAAGUCAACAAAUGGAACAAGUCAGUGAACAACAUCAAAAACAAUUAACAAUUUUACGUGAUGAAAUUCGUACAAAAGAAAGUCAAACGAAAAUAUUAAAAGGAUCCGUGUCUCUAUAUGAUCUCUUCUCCAAAAUGAAGCAAGCCUACAUUGAUAAGAAAAUACCUGCACCUUAUCCAGCAGCAUCAUUAGCGUCACCACCAUCUCCAUCAACUAUUAAAAAACGUUCGAAAUCAAAACCGAAGGAAAACAAAGACGAUUCUGAAUUUGAACAACAAAUAAAAAAAAGAAAUAGUAUUAAUUGUUUUAUUUAG